AUGCGAUCUUUCCGAGCAGUCCGAAACUUCUCCACCACCGCCAAGCGCCUCAGCCAGGCCCCCAAGGCCUCCACUCCUAACGCCUCCUCUGGAAACGGCUUUGUGUUGGCCUUUGUGGCCGCCGCCGCUGGAGCCGGUGCCUACUACUACUACGCCAACUCCCCUGCCGCCAAGGUCGAGACCUUCAACGCCACCAAGGCCGACUACCAGAAGGUGUACGACGCUAUUGCCGACAAGCUGAUUGAGGACGACGACUAUGAUGAUGGAUCUUACGGACCCGUCCUCCUGCGACUCGCCUGGCACUCGUCUGGUACCUACAACAAGUCUGAUAACAAGUUUGGCUCUUCCGGAGGUACCAUGCGAUUCAAGCCCGAGGCUUCUCAUGCUGCCAACAAUGGCCUGGUUAACGCCAGAAACUUCCUCAAGCCCAUCCACGAGAAGUUCCCUUGGAUCUCCACCGGUGAUCUGUACACUCUUGGUGGUGUCACCGCCGUCCAGGAGCUCGGUGGCCCUAUCAUCCCCUGGAAGCGAGGCCGUGUCGACGAGCCCGAGUCUGCUUCUCCUCCCGAUGGAUCUCUUCCCGACGCCUCUCAGGGCGCUACUCAUGUGCGAAACGUUUUCAACAGACAGGGCUUCAACGACCAGGAGAUGGUUGCUUUGAUUGGAGCUCACGCUCUCGGCCGAUGCCACAAGCAGAACUCUGGCUUCGAGGGCCCCUGGACUUUCUCCCCUACCAUGUUCACCAACGAUUUCUACAAGCUCCUGCUCGACGAUAAGUGGCAGUGGAAGAAGUGGGACGGAAACCCUCAGUACGAGGACGUCAAGACCAAGUCUCUGAUGAUGCUGCCCACCGACAUGGCUCUUGCUACCGACAAGAACUUCAAGAAGUGGGCCACUGCCUACGCUAAGGACCAGGAUCUCUUCUUCAAGGACUUUUCUGCUGCAUUCUCCAAGAUGCUCAACAACGGUGUUGACUUCCCCCAGGGAACUGAGAUCUGGGAGUUCAAGCCCAAGAACGCCUAA